GCGAGCAUAGAAUGCGAACGAAAAAUAACAACGGUUUUUCUCCAAUCGGAUUAGAAGCGGUUUGGCGAGUGUUUAGUUAGUUUAUAGCCAUCCCAUCAGGGGGAUGCAACUGGAAGUGCUGCGGCGCAAUGAAUUGCCUCGUGUUGUUUGGCACGCUUUUAAUCAGUCAUCAGUUCUCAGUGGGACUUCUGUUGAAGCGGUACAGUUGUGAUAAUUAUGUGCUAUCAUGGUGCCAACUACAUAAUGUUACGAUCAGGUCCGAUCGAGAUCUUCAAAUGGUAGAAUUUCCUGAGGUUCAGCAAAUUGGGUUUCUCAAUGGCUCGAUACCACAUUUCUCUCAUAUCAUGAAUCUGGCACUGUUCAAAGCCGGUGUAUUGAGAAUAUUUGCCCGUGGAACGAAGAUCAGUCAUUUGACGCUACCAAACACGAUCGAACAACUCUACUUCCGAGAUAACGGUGUCACUUUCGUGGAAAUUGAACCCAAGACAAAAUAUUCGAUGAAAUAUCUCAGGAUUCAUGUAAACAAAUUGCGAGAUGCGUCCAACUUCAAGUCUCUCACCAAUCUCAUAGAGUUGAAUCUCUGUGACAACCUAAUUGAGCACGUGACUUUCGACACAUUUGCUGGCAUGACCUACCUCAAGCAACUGCUACUCUGCGGAAACCGUAUCAAAACCAUCGCCGCAACCAUCAACAUCCAACUGUCGAAUCUCUAUCAUCUGGAUCUUUCCGGCAAUUUCCUGUUUAACGGAACUUUCCUCGCGCAAUGGUAUUUUCCACGUCUGGGAAAUUUCUCUCUGCGUGACAACCUGCUCACACGCCUGGACGUCCAGAUAAUCUCCCAGCGCUUCUCGCUGCUGAAAAUUCUCGACGUCGAGCACAACUCACUGGACUGUGAUACUUACGAACAGCUGCUGAAGUUGGUGCACCAGCGCAAAAUCAUCUACAAUGUCGACAAGCGGGUAUGCAAGAUACCGCCGGCCAUCCUGCCGCGAUUCAUCCCCACGGGCAACGAACUGGACGCCACCGGGGAUGCCGUCCUACAGCAGCAAAUACGCCAGCUUAAGGAACGAAUCUAUCAACAGGUGAAGAUUAUUAAUAGCCAACGGAUCGAGAUCCAGCAGCUCCGGGCCAACCUGAGCACGCUAAUGGAACAGUUCGAUCUGGUAGCCGACACGGCUAAUGAUUCAUUCUAAAAUUAGUAGUGAUUCGUUUUUUGUGGGAUAACGAGUGCGUGAGCGGGUGUUUAUAGUUUAAAUAUUUGAAUGUUGUUUAGCAUGUCCAUUGGGUGUCCAAAUAGACCAAUAAAUGAGUGUAAUAAAG